UCAAGACAUACCAUUAUCCACUUAAAAGUAGUAUUAUUUUCUAUUUUGCAAGUUUACAAAAAAAUCCAAAAUCCCGUAGUCAACUUUAUGAUAUUAAUCAAUCAAAUCUAAUGUUUUGAAAUUGAUUGAUAAAUUCCAUCAAACAAUAAAUUGUCACCAACAUCCAAUCGAAUAUUUAUGAUUCCAGAUUGUCAUAAACUAUCUAUAUAUUGAUUGAAAUGGUUGGAUGUGCUGAUAAAAAAAUAUGACCACAAUAUACUUAUAGAGAUACCCCAACCAAGAAAAGAUAUAGGCUUGCAUCACCAACUAAAUCUAUUAUGCAAGGCAUUAAGGGUAAGCUUCAACCAUCACAAAAUUUAGAGAAGUGGUUGUGACAAGCAUUUAUUACCAAAUAAUAAAUUCAUGAUAAGAUAUUAAUCCAUUAAAAUUUAGAAUUGACAAUGAACAUUGGGUAAAUUUUUUUUAUUAAAAAUUUCAUUUUAUUACAGUUAACACAUCAAAAAAGGAUUGGAAAAAAAAUUUUAAACUUUAAUGAUAUUUUUGCAUUUUCAUAUUAGUUUACAUGCAAAUAUAAAAAUAAAUAUUUAACUCUAUUAAAAUUAUCAGAAAACAUUGAAUAGUCGUAAAGCUGUUAUGAUUUAUUAAUUACUUUUUAUAAUUAAAAUAAAGCAAUUUGUUUAUUUCAUGAGUUGUUUUGUUUGGAUCAAUAUAAAAGAGAACAGUCCAAAAAUAUGGUUUUUGUUUAGAAAUAUAAAAAUAGAAAAUAAAUGAUAAAACUCCAAAAAAAAUAUAUAUUGUAUAUGUUAAGUCAAUGUAGAAUAAUACCUAUUUAUAGAGGGUCGAAGAACUCCUUUCUACAAGUAUCAAACAAUAUGAAUUUUAAUUGUGAAGAUAUUUUCCAUCCCCAAAUAAAUAAUAUUCAAGAAGGUCUAGAAUAAGCAAAGAUACCCAAACAUAAAUAUGAUUGUGAUCUUAAAAAAAAGAAACAAAAAAGGUAUCCCAAACAGUAAUAUUAAAAGAGAAUAUUACGCCAACUAUAAUAUAAUCAAACACAAAAUUAAAGUGAUAUAAGUUUUAGAGUAUGAACUGAAAACAUAUUUGAGAUUGAUUAGAAAAAUUUAUUAGUUUGACUGCAAUGGUCGGAAGAGUGAUGGAAGUAUAUAUUGAAGCCUAAAACUGCAUUUACUCAGCGAUUGAAGUAUAUAUUGAAGCCUAAAACUGCAUUUACUCUCGUUAUGUUUUGACGGGUAUGUUAAGUACAAAACUUCAGAAGAAUGUGGCAUUAUUCGCAUUAACCCUUAAAUUUGUGUAAUUUAGGUUAAAAUGUCACAAUUAAUGUUAUUUUUUGGUGGAGAGCUACGCAUGGGGGACGAGUUUACAGCGACAUAUAUUGGUGGACAAAAUCGACCAAUCAUUGUUGAUUACGAUAUUUCACUUGCGAUGCUGAAGGAAAGAGUUAUGGGGGUGCUCAGGAUUAAUCCUUCAACAACUACUGUCAGCCUAACUUGUCGACUACGGCAUAAUGGUGGACACUGCGCAACACCUGUAAACGAUGAAGAGGUUUGUGAGUUCAUGUUGUUGGAAGCAAGAAUUGAUCCUGUCGUUGUGUACGUUGAGGCGAAACCAAACAAUCAUGGUGACGUUGCUGGUCCUUCAACUGAGAUACAAAUGCCCACCACGUGGUUUGGUGGAGGAUUAAGUACAAUUGAAAUGCAGAACAAUUUUUAUGGUCAACUGAGUUUGUCAGAGCGUCAAACUAUUGUGCAGCAACAACUGUCCUGACGACCUACUAUAACCGAAC